AUGAAAAUUCAGGUACUGUUUCUCUUCCUGCUGUCUUUGUUGUGGGGGGCUAUCUCCCAGCAAAUCCAAUACGCUAUUCCGGAGGAGCUGGCCAGGGGCUCGCGGGUGGGGAACCUCGCCAAGGACCUGAAGCUCAGUGUCCAGGAGUUGUCAGCUCGAAAACUGCGGGUUAGUGCAGAGAAUUUCUUCAGUGUGAGUGCAGAGAGUGGGGAUUUGUUAGUGAACGGUAGGAUAGAUCGAGAGGAAAUUUGUGGGAGGAAAUCUGAGUGUGCACUAGAAUUUGAAAUGGUUGCUGAAAAUCCAAUGAAUGUUUUCCACGUGAUUGUUGCAAUCCAAGAUAUUAACGACAAUGCACCGCGUUUCACCGCAAAAGGCAUUGACUUGGAAAUCUGCGAGUCAGCCUUACCAGGUGUAAAAUUCCCUCUGGAUUCUGCACAAGAUGCAGAUGUAGAAAGUAACUCACUGAAGAUAUACACUAUCAACUCCAGUGAACACUUCUCUGUGACAACGAAGGAAAGUCCUGAUGGAAGUAAAUACCCAGAAUUACUGCUGGAAAAACCUCUGGACAGAGAACAGCAGAGCUCCCACCAGUUAAUCCUGACCGCCAUGGACGGUGGAGACCCUCCACUAAGUGGCACCACCCAGGUCCGGAUUCAGGUCACCGAUGCCAAUGAUAAUGCUCCAAUGUUCAGCCAGGAAACGUACAGAGUUAGCCUCCAAGAAAAUGUGCCCUCGGGGACCUCUGUGCUCCAAGUGAUGGCCACUGACCAGGACGAGGGUGUUAAUGCAGAGAUCACCUAUGCCUUCCUCAGUGCCCCAACAAGUACCAGCCUCCUCUUCAAUCUCAAUCCAAAUACUGGUGACAUUACAACCAAUGGUACAUUGGACUUUGAAAAGACAAGUAGAUAUAUGUUGGUUGUAGAAGCCAAGGAUGGAGGGGUGCACACGGCUCACUGUAAUGUUCAGAUUGAAAUUGUUGAUGAGAAUGACAAUGCCCCAGAGGUCAAAUUGAUGUCCUAUUCUAACCAGAUUCCCGAGGACUCAGACCUUGGGACUGUAAUAGCCCUCUUUAAAGUGAGAGACCGGGACUCUGGGCAAAAUGGUCUGGUGACGUGCUAUAUUCAGGAAGACAUUCCCUUCAAAUUAGAAUCCACCUCCAAGAAUUAUUACAAGCUGGUGAUUGACAGUGCCCUAGAUAGGGAGCAGAUGGCGGAGUACAAUGUCACCAUCACAGCCACUGACAAGGGCAAGCCCUCCCUAUUCUCCAGUACAAGCGUCACCCUACACAUCAGCGAUAUCAACGACAACGCGCCGGUUUUCCACCAGGCCUCCUACGUGGUCCAUGUGGCCGAGAACAACCCUCCAGGGGCUUCUAUUGCGCAAGUCAGCGCCUCGGACCCCGACCUGGGGCCCAACGGUCGCGUCUCCUACUCCAUCGUGGCCAGCGACCUGGAGCCACGCGCGCUGGCGUCCUACGUGUCCGUGAGCGCGCAGAGCGGGGUGGUGUUCGCGCAGCGCGCCUUCGACCACGAGCAGCUGCGCGCCUUCGAGCUGACCCUGCAGGCCCGCGACCAGGGCUCGCCCGCGCUCAGCGCCAACGUGAGCCUGCGCGUGUUGGUGGGCGACCGCAACGACAACGCGCCCCGGGUGCUGUACCCGGCGCUGGGGCCCGAUGGCUCGGCGCUCUUCGACACGGUGCCGCGCGCCGCGCAGCCCGGCUACCUGGUCACCAAGGUGGUGGCGGUGGACGCCGACUCGGGACACAAUGCCUGGCUGUCGUACCACGUGCUGCAGGGGAAACAUAACCAGGAAUUUAAUCCGAACCACAAGAUCUCUGCAUCACAAAGCACUAGCCCUGUGGUUUUAGGAAAGCUUAAGACUGGACCCCAGAACUCCAACGUUCAACGGUGA